GUGUAUGUGUACGAUCCUUAUGAUGACAGUUACCAAACCGUACCUAUGCAUGAUCACCACGCAGUUUAUACAGGUCACGGUUAUGGCCAUUAUGGCUACAGUAAGUUUAAAAAUAUAUAUAAUUUUUUGGUUGUGAAUGUAGAUUGUAGAUGUUUAAUGUUUUGCUUUGACAGUGAUUGGAUCCAUUUUCACUGCACAAAUAGAAGCACUUGCUCAUAAUUCUAUCGUUACUGACAUUUCAUUUAUUAGAAAGAUAAAGGAAUCGUGGAUUUGCUGCCUCUCCCUUCUCUAUUUAUGUGGGGUUUUUUUACCUUUUUUAAAAAAAAAUCCAAAAUCAGUUCAUUUCUACAUGUGGAGGCAGCUGCCAAAAUAUAAAAUGCAAUAAACUUUAAAAAAAACGCAAUUACCACCAGAAUGGCUGAGACAGAAUAUUGAAUAUACACAAAAAGUUAUUUUGCACUCAUUCAGUAUUUUAUUUUCCUUUGUGUUUAAAUGUGCUCGGCUAGUUGGAGGAAUACAGCACUCCCUCAUUAAAAGAGGAUUUGUGGAUCUGUAUUGAGCAUUGAACUCAUUAUGAAAGUGAUGCUUGUCACUGGCAAGUCUAACACUGCCAUCUACUGGUGAGAAAUGAUUAUUACAUGUAUAAAUUUUUUUAAAAUACAUUUUCUACUCAACUCCUCCUGCAAAUCUCCUGCAAUUAUUAGCUUGGGGUGGUCUACCUCGGAAUUACCAUGAAAGGUUAUUUCCACAAAGCUCAGCUGGACAUGCAAAUUGUGAUUCACACUUUAACCUGCACAUCUCAGGUGUCCUUGGCAAUGAGGCAUUUCUCUAAACACCGCUUUUAAAACCAAAGCACAAGUUGUGAUCAGACAGCUCGACAGGCAGAAGCAGGAGAAAGUCUGAGCGUGAUGCCUUUCUGUGCUCAUUUACAUAUAAAGCUGGGAAUUCUGGGAGAGCUGCAGAAACAUGCUUACUUGAGACUAUGUAGAUGAUGCUGAACAGUAAAUUUUAAAUUUGUGCAUUUUUUUAAAUUAGCUUUUACUUUUAUUUUGUGAUUAUAUUGUGUUGUAUGUGGGAUGUAAAGAUAAUAGAUUUGUUUUGCUGUGUAAAACAUUGAUUCAAAUAACAGUAAGUGUUAUGGCAGAUACAUGUAUAUUAUUAGUAUAGUGUGAAAUUAAAAAAAACAGUCCCUUGUAGUGAUGUCCCGAACUGUUCGCCACGAAUGGUUCGCUACGGACUCAUCAUUGAGUAAACUUUGACCCAGUUCCUCACAGUCAGCAGACACAUUCCAGCCAAUCAGCAGCAGACCGUCCCUCCCAGACCCUCCCACCUCCUGGACAGCAUCCAUUGUGAAGCUGCAUUCUUAGUGAGCUGUCCAGGAGGUGGGAGAGUCUGGGAGGGAGGGUCUGCUGCUGAUUGGCUGGAAUGUGUCUGCUGACUGUGAGGUACAGGGUCAAAGUUUACUCAAUGAUGAGUCAGUGGCGAACCGUUCGCUGCGAACCGUUUGAUAACAUUUGAUAACAUUUCUCCAACUGACAUAUAUGGGAAAUUCCUAUUCAGUUGCCAGAGCUAUGCUUCCCUUUUUAUAUUACAAUGUUGCCCUAAGUGUGAAAAUCUUAUAUUGUGACCAUAAGUGUAGGCUGCACAGAAACGUGUCAGUUCUUCAGUAGAGUAACCCUGUGAUCUAGCUACAGCCAGUAAAGUAUAGCCCCUGAUUCUCCAAACCAGGCUCUGUAUACGCUGACAGCAUCAAUAAUUGGGAUUUUAGGACUGGGUAGUAAGUAACAUGGCGUUAUGUGGUUUUACAAUGCCGAGUCCUGUAUUUACGACAAAUAACGCUCUGUCUUUGUUCAUUGUCUUGUCCCCAGUUCAUGGAAUGCCACCUGUCCUUGUCAGAGAGGAUCCCUACGAACGACGAUAUGGACAGCAGCUGGCCCUCGGAAUGCUUGCUGGGGCAGCCACAGGAUCUGCCAUGAGCGCCCUCAUGUGGCUGCCAUGUUGGUUUUAG